AUGAAUUCGUCGCUAGAACCCUUGAGAGCCGAGUUCCUCGGGGAAGGAACUAUCAAGUUGUUCAGAGAGUGGGAUUUCGAGGAUGUCGAUGAAUUUGCCUCCGAUCUCGGAGUAUUCCAAGCAGGAGACCAGGAUGGUACAGACGGUGAAGGUACAGUUAUUUCCAUCAUUGCAAUUCCGAGCUACUUCACCGCCACUGACAUCCUCGGAUAUGUGGGGCAGGAUGCCGUUGCAGCCGUAUCGUACUUCCGAGUCAUCAGAUCGGUCACCCCUAACCGGCAGAUGGUCCUUAUGAAGUUUACGAAACCGGAAGAUGCGUCAAAGUUUGUUGCACAAUACGAUGGGAAACCAUUCAACUCCAUGGAGCCAGAAACCUGCCAUGUCAUAGUGGUUAACUCAAUCACAUUUUCCACGGGAGAGGAGGAAGGUAAAGCAGCCAACUCCAGAUCCGGAAAGAACCUGAUACAACCUCUCACCCUCCAAGAUAUCCUCCAGAAGAAGCCGCCUCCGCCUCCAACUCCCACUCUCAAGGAACUACCCACGUGCCCUGUCUGUCUAGAAAGAAUGGAUUCAGCCCUCACAGGACUCAUGACGAUCCCCUGUCAGCACACUUUCCAUUGCCAGUGUCUUUCCAAAUGGAAGGAUGACAGUUGCCCUGUUUGUCGGUACUCCAACAUGAAGAGUAACUUUAUCCAGACGAAACAGAAGUUGGUGUCGGCAAAGCAAUCCUCCUCCUCCUCCUCUUCAUCCUCGCAAGCGCCUUCGACGGAUGCUUGUUCGGAAACUGGCUGUAGCGAAACGCAGCAUCUUUGGAUCUGUCUAAUUUGCGGGAAUAUUGCCUGUGGAAGGUACAAUAAGGGCCAUGCUGUCACUCACUUUGCUGCUACCGGACACUGCUUUGCGAUGGAUAUGCAGACCCAGAGGGUGUGGGACUAUGCAGGCGAUAAGUACGUGCACAGAUUGAUCACCAACCAAAGUGAUGGUAAGUUGGUGGAGCUAGGGCCAUCCCGCGCUGGAAAGGUUAGGCACGAUAUUGAAACGCUAGACGCUGACUACUCAAAAGCGGCCAUUGAUGAAGAUGUCCUUUCAUCUAAAAUCGAGGCUGUGGGGCUUGAGUACUCCCAGCUAUUGAUCAGCCAGUUGGAAUCCCAGCGGGAGUACUACGAAGAUAAGUUAGCGCAGUCUGCGGAUAUCAACCACCAAAUGGGCCAGCAUAUCUCGCGUUUAGAAGGGGGGAACCGCCAACUCCAGGACAAGCUUGACGACUUAGCGGCAAAGUUUCAGCUGUUUGAGGUACUAAUCCCACAGUACAAGGACCAGAUCGACCUGUUCAAGCUGGAAAAGCGGAGAUUGACGGAAAACUACAAGGGUGUGUCGCAUGAAUUGGCAAUCGAGAGGCAGCUUAGUGAAAAACUAUCGGAGAAAAUUGACCACUUGACCAAAGUAAAUACCGACCUGGCGUUGGAAAAGGAGGACUUACAAGAACAAGUGAAUGAUUUGAUGUUUUUCCUUGAGAGCCAGGAAAAGUUGAAGGACUGUGGGGAAGACGUGCGUGAGGGCACGUUGGUGAUUCAAGAUAAAAAGUUGAAAAAGAAGACCAAGAAGAAGUAA